UGCCCGUUCUCCCCGCCAAGGACGGGGGAGCUGUGAGAGGAGGGGGACAGGAGUCCCCUCACAUGGACACCCGCGUCGUGUCGCUGCAGAGGGACGUCCACUUCCUGCAGCAGCAGCACAGGGAGACUCUGCAGAAGCUCCACGCUGAGAUAGACGACCUCAGACGCAAGAACAAGGAGCUGCAGUACAAGCUGAUAAUGGAUCCUCCAAAAUCAAGCAGAAAAUCGUUGACACGAAGCUUGCAGGGAAUCAGAACGCCUACCCAGGGAAGUGAAGCCCACAGAGGGAUUUACCCUGAGCAGCCGCUGCAGGAUGUACGGCCCACGCAGGACAAGACUUGCAGAACAGGAGAGUGCGAAGAAGUCCUCGGAUCGUCUCCUCAGCAUCCCAGCAAAGAGUUGAGGGGUGGGCUCAUCACCUCAUUGCAGCCCCUCCGCAUCCACAGCAGUCCCACUCACCCACCCCGGGCUCCCACCCUGCAGGAGUGUGAGGUCAUCAUCAGACAGCUCUACAACGCCAACAGCAUGCAAUCUCAAGAAAUUUUACGAGUGAAGGCGGUGCUGAGAGACAUUGUAUUCAACAAGAAAAUCACCCCAGAGAACUACAUCCUGACCAAGGCCUACCUUGCUGACGGCCCACGCAAAGCUUCGGGGGCAGAGAGGUUUCCCCAGCUUGCACGUCAACCACUUCCAAUGAAACCGUCUAGGCCGUCUCCGGCUGUGGUGGCAGACAGGGUUAUCCUCCCAGCUCUCAAACAGAGCAUCAAGUCCACGAUGGCAGAGAGACAGAAGAGGACCCAGGCUGUGCAGAGGAAUCGUUUGAAAAGGACGGUGCAGUGAGAGGGUCGAAGACUAACAAACCAGCAGACGCCCAUCUUCGGAUUGGCCCCCAGCACAGCUUUUAAAGGAAUCCUCAGAAACAACAGACUUACUGAG